CCGUUAUAUUUAGGCGGCAGGUGUGGGAGCCACAACAAGUCGGGUGGCCCUCCUGGGCACCAGCCGUCGCGCCCACGUGAUGCCCGGGAGCUAUAAAUAGCUCCGGGCCGCGGGGCGCCCAGCAUCCCGGGGAGGCCGACGCGCCCCGAGCCCCGAGCUCCCAGCUCCGGGUCUCCGCCUCCGCGCCCUGCCCGGUCCGCGCACGGAUGGAGGCGGCGGCGGGACGCCUGCGCGCGCGCGCUUGAGCCGGGACGUUAGCCUGCUGCUGAGCGGCCUGGGAUUUAUGGAGAGGACCUCGGGGGGGCAGCUCUGAAUUCUGCCCGGGCCCAACAUCGCCGCGACGCCUGCUGCCGAGGGGGCCUGCGCGCCUCUGGCCCUCACCAUUGCCCUCGCCUGCCGAUGUUCCCUGCUGUCCGGCCCAGGGCCGGCUGUGCCGCCUGAGCCCCCGGGCGCCCUCCAGGACUCGCAGUACCCCGAUGGGGUAACGUGACAGAGGCCCUGUGUGUCAGAGCCGCCCGCCCCCGCGGCCGCCGCCCACCCCCACCGCUGGUCCAGUUCAAGUUCGGUUUUCCUUCGGCCCUUGAGGGUCUGGGGCCCGCCUUUGAGCGCAGGGGGCCGCUUGCCUGUCCACCGAUGCAGAGGGGGCGUCCCCAGAGGCAGGCAGUGCUGGACGGAGCCACGGCGGCCCAUUCGCUCCGGGCUUUUUAAAGUUUGCCUCGCUGGGUUUUUGGUUGCCCUUAUUUUUACUUUUGCUUCUCUGGGGCCCGUGUCUUUCCUUUGCUUUGUAAGGAGCUGGACUCUGCUACUCAGCCCUUCCGCCUCCGAGGUGUUUGCAAAGCAUCUGUGCGGCUGGGGCGGGUUUGCAAGGGGUUUUCUGUGUCUCGAUCAAGCCCAGGGAUCUCGGUCUCCUCGGGCUGUGGGGGGGGGGGCAGGUGGGGGCUUCUCCACUGCGGCCCCCAGCCCCGUGCGGCCCCUCCCUGGGCCCCGCCCGGUCCUCGGAGGAGCAUGGCCCGGAUGAACCGGCCGGCCCCUGUGGAGGUGAGUUACAAGCGGAUGCGCUUCCUGAUCACGCACAACCCCACCAACGCCACGCUCAGCACCUUCAUUGAGGACCUGAAGAAGUACGGGGCCACCACCGUGGUGCGGGUGUGCGAAGUGACCUACGACAAGGCCCCUCUGGAGAAGGACGGCAUCACCGUGGUGGACUGGCCGUUUGACGACGGGGCGCCCCCACCUGGCAAAGUGGUGGAGGACUGGCUGAGCCUACUGAAGGCCAAGUUCUGUGAUGACCCUGGCAGCUGUGUGGCCGUUCACUGCGUAGCCGGCCUGGGACGGGCUCCGGUCCUCGUGGCACUGGCUCUCAUCGAGAGCGGAAUGAAGUACGAAGACGCCAUCCAGUUCAUCCGACAAAAGCGGCGUGGAGCCAUCAACAGCAAGCAGCUCACCUACUUGGAAAAAUACCGGCCAAAGCAGAGACUGCGGUUCAAAGAACCACACGCACACAAGACCAAGUGCUGUGUCAUGUAGCCCAGGGCCUCUGAGCAGGGGCUCCGCUGCCGCCUCGCCUCCUCUCCCGGCACCUCGGCACCCCUGUGUCCCCUGGGCCCAGCUCGCCCUGCGUGCCCUCUGCCGUCUCGUCCCGUCUGGUCAUCCCUGUGUCUCCGUCUGCCCGUGUCCACCACUUUGCGGACCUGCCCUUCCCUUUGUCUCUAUGCCCUGCGUCUCUGCGUCUGGGCCCCGGAGCCCCGUCUCUCUCUGCGUCUCUGGGUGUCUCUGCCUCUCCCCGAGUCUGAUGUCUCGCUCUUCCUGGCUCUGUGCCUGCAGCUCUCUCUCUGUCUGAGGCUUAGCUGGGGCGCCCCGGCCCGGCCCUCCCACACUGUCCCCUGGGCAGCUUUCCUCUCAGGCUCAUUUGUUAGGGGGCAGGUGUAUUUUGUAGCCACUGGGCCUGACCCCUCCUCCAUCCUGACCUGUUCUUGGCACUUUCAGUUACUGGGUCUGGAGACUGUCAGAUGUCCUGGACACCAAAGGCAAUAAAAUGGGACUCUGUG